AUGGGAUUUUCAACUCUAGAUCUCUUGAUCUGCUCUACUUGUGGCGUUCAAUACGACGUUAGUGCAGGAUUGAACUCAUGCAAGAUCUGUGACGACCCGCGUCAAUAUGUACCUCCAACCGGCCAGUCGUGGACAUCCCUCAGAAGCUUGCACUCAUCGAUGGAGAAUUAUCGCAACGUCUUCUCCACCGACCCAGACAACCCUAACUUGAUUACUAUACAUACUACCCCAAAGCUAGCUAUCGGUCAAAGGGCCUUCCUUUGUCUCGGUGAUUCCACUUCUGGUAAUGUUCUGUGGGACUGUAUUACUUAUCUCGACGAGGAUACGGUUAAACGGGUGAACUCACUGGGCGGAAUCCAGGCCAUUGUUAUUUCCCAUCCGCACUACUUCUCUACUAGUAUCCAAUGGGCUGAGGUCUUUAACUGUGAUCUGUUUGUUUCUGCAGAGGACGAACAGUGGCUUGGGAACAGGGGUGACGGCCACAGACUAAAAAUUUGGAAAGGAGAAAGGCUCCCUCUUCUGUGCUCUCACAGUUCCUCUGAAAAUCGCCCUACAUCAGAUCUGAUGGUCAUUAAGACGGGAGGUCAUUUUCCCGGCAGUUCCGUUCUAUGGUGGAAGUCGGCCAAGAAGCUGCUCAUUGCCGACACGAUUCUCAUUGUUCCGAGUGGACUGUACCAUGUUGAUCGCCUCCCUGGCACCUCUUCCUUUACAUUUAUGUGGUCCUAUCCAAAUUACAUUCCUCUUUCCCCGGACGAGAUACAUGGUAUAUGGAACGCCAUCAAAGACCUCGAGUUUGAGGACACCCAUGGGGCCUUCUUGGGACAGGAAAUCAGAGGCAACAGCAAGAGAAAUAUCCUCGAAAGUGCGAAAAUUGUGGUUAGGGCUUCCGGUCAUCGUCAGCAUCCGUUGCUAAACGAAGUCUAA